AUGGAUUCAAGAAAUGGUACUGAGGGAGUUGAAAAGUCUAGCACCGAAGAGACGGCCUUUGGCUCAAAGGGGAAGGUUGUGGGAGGUAUUGAGCAAGAAGUGUUUUUCCGAGCUGAUAAGAUUGAUUUUAAGAGCUGGGAUAUCCAGUUAGAGAAACACUUGAGCAGGGGCUGGGCAAGGGAGAGUGAAGAACACAAGCAGAUGGAAGAGUGGGAGAUUGAUUUGUCUAAAUUGGAUAUAAGACAUGUCAUUGCUCAUGGAACUUAUGGUACUGUCUACCGUGGUGCCUAUGACGGCCAAGAUGUUGCAGUGAAAAUAUUGGAUUGGGGGGAGGAUGGUAUUGCCACAGCAGCUGAAACUGCUGCUCUUCGGGUGUCGUUUCAGCAAGAAGUUGCUGUUUGGCAUAAGCUUGACCAUCCAAAUAUUCCGAAGUUUGUCGGAGCUUCAAUGGGAACUUCCAAUCUUAGAAUCCCUACUAAAAGCACAUCAAAUGAUAGUCAUAAUUCUCCUCCUUCCAGAGCUUGUUGCGUCGUUGUUGAGUAUGUUCCAGGUGGGACGCUAAAGAACUUUUUGAUCAGGAAUAGAAGAAAGAAACUUGCCUUUAAGGUUGUGAUUCAACUUGCUCUGGAUCUCUCUAAAGGUUUGAGUUAUCUUCACUCAAAGAAAAUUGUACACCGUGAUGUCAAGACAGAAAAUAUGUUGCUAGAUACUCAUAGAACUUUGAAAAUUGCUGAUUUUGGCGUUGCUCGAGUAGAAGCUCAAAACCCAAGGGACAUGACCGGAGAGACUGGUACCCUUGGGUACAUGGCCCCAGAGGUCCUUGAUGGCAAGCCUUACAACAGGAAAUGCGACGUCUACAGUUUUGGUAUUUGCUUAUGGGAAAUCUAUUGCUGCGACAUGCCUUAUCCUAAUCUGAGUUUUGCCGAUGUCUCAUCUGCAGUAGUGCGACAGAACUUACGACCAGAAAUCCCAAGAUGUUGCCCGACUUCAUUGGUUAGCGUCAUGCGAAAAUGUUGGGAUGUGAGCCCAGAUAAACGCCCUGAGAUGGAAGAGGUAGUGAAGCUGUUGUAUGCCAUAGACACAAGCAAAGGAGGUGGCAUGAUACCUGAAGACCAGGCUACUGGCUGUUUCUGCUUUGGCAAACGUCGUGGCCCCUGA